GGGGCCUGCGCGGAGGGGCGGGGCGCGCUCCCUGCCGGGCCGAUGCGCUCGGAGGAGCGGUCCCCGGGUCGCUGAAGCGGGAGCGCGCGCCCGGGUUUCCUACGGGACCUCUCCGCCCGCCCCGUCCGCGGCGCUGCUGGAAGUGACUGAGGAUGUGACUGGGGCGGCGGCGGCUGGCGGACGAUGCUCGCCCUCCUGGGCGCGACGACCCUGGUGCUGGCCGCCGGGGCCUGAUGAAAACAACCUAGAAUCUCCGCAAAAUGUGGAAGUCUCUAUCAUGGAUGACAACUUUACCCUGAAGUGGAACAGGAGCAAUGAGUCUGUGCCAAAUGUGACUUUUUCAGCAGAUUAUCAGAUGUCUGAGAUGAAUAACUGGAUACAGUUACCUGGGUGUCAGUAUGUUGCUGAUACCGAAUGCACCUUUUCUUUUCUCAAGUUAAAUGUUCUUGAUGAAAUUACGUUGCGGAUAAGAGCAGAAAGAGGAAACAGCACUUCUGCGUGGUAUAUUGUUGACUCAUUUAUACCAUUUCUAAAAGCUCAAAUUGGUCCUCCAGAAGUGCACUUGGAAGCUGAAGAUAAAGCAGUCAAAAUAAACAUUUCUCCUCCUGGAAAACAGAUGUGGUCCAUGGAUAGAUCAAGGUUUAUAUACAGCGUAGUUAUCUGGGAAAACUCUGCAAGGACAGAAGAAAGGACAGAAACAGUUUAUCCCAGAGAUAUGAUUUAUAAGCUCUCGCCGGAGACUACUUACUGUCUGAAAGUCAGAGCGGAACUCCCUCUGCAGAAGAAGGUCGGCGUCUACAGUGCCGUGCACUGUGUAAAUACCACAGCUGAAAAUAAACUGCCCCCACCGGAAAAUAUAGAAGUUGAUGCUGCCAAUCAGAACUAUGUUCUUAAAUGGGAUUACGCGUUUGCAAACGUGACGUUUCAAGCUCAGUGGCUCUAUGGCUAUCUAAAACAGUUCCCUGAGGACCAUUCCAAUAAAUGGAAGCAAAUACCCGGCUGCGUCCACGUCAGAACCACCCAGUGUGUCUUUCCGCAGAGAGUCUUCCCGGACAGAGUGUACUUCCUCCGUGUACAAGCGUCUGACGGGAAUAGCACAUCCCUCUGGUCUGAAGAGAAAGAGUUCAGGAGUGAAGCGCAAACUGUCAUCCUCCCUCCGGUCCUUAACGUGAAGACCACAAGCCACGCGCUGCACGCCUACGUGGGAGCCUCCCGGGAGCCUGUGGACCUGCACCGGCCGCUCAUAUAUGAAAUCCGUUUUUGGGAGAACACCUCGAGUGCCGAGAGCAGAAUUCUACAGGAACAAACUGAUUUUACUUUUCCCAACUUGAAACCGCUGACUGUGUAUUGCUUCAAGGCCAGAGCGCACCUUUUGGGUGAAAAGUGGAAUCAAAGCAGUGAUUUCAGUGACGUUGUCUGUGAGAAAACAAAACCAGGAGCUACUUCCAGAACCUGGCUGGUCGCUGGGAUUUGCGUCUUAGUAGUUUCUGUCCCCGUUGCUGUCUACAUCGUGAAGGGCCUCUUGAGAUGUCUCAACUACGUGUUCUUUCCAUCCCCGAAACCGCCUUCCAGUAUUGAUGAGUAUUUCUCAGAACAGCCAUUAAAGAAUCUUCUGCUUUCGCCUUCUGAGGAGCGGACUGAAAGGUGUUUCAUCAUCGAAGACGUGCGUAGCAUGACUGUCCUGGAAGAAGCUAAGGGAACCGGCGGAGAUCUCAGAGCCUACCACUCCCAAGCUAGUCGCGAUUCGGGACACUAUUCCAACGAAGACGAGAGCAGUGGAGGUAAAACGAGCGAGGGCUCUGUGCAGGAGGAGAGUGGCUGAGCGGGGACGCGGCCUGGAAGCAGGCCCGCUGUGUGAGCGCCCGGGAAGCCCCGCACCGCACGCCUCUCAGGACCCGCGCGGGAGGCUGCUCGCUUCCUGGGCAGAAAGCAAAGCAUCUCCGAGUCCCAAGUGCCGGCAGGACCUGCAGCUCGCAGGGAUCUGGGCCGCCUUCUGCAUUCCUCUGCACGUGUGAACACGGAGGGACGUGCUGGACCUGCCUCUGACGAUUUCGGGGAGAAGGUGCCCAGCUCUCCAGGGAGCCCUCACGCCCGCCUGGCUCGCUGCGGCCGUGACUAAGGGCGCCUCCUCGUGCCCGGCACGCUGCUGCUCACCCCAGCGCCCCAGGUCGGUCUUGUUUUUGUGUUUUGAGACAGAACAUUUGGUCUUUCAACACUGAGGGAUGUGUGCCCACAGAGAUUUAUGUUGACGUUUUAAUGCCAUCAAUACCAUCAUCACCCUGUGUUCCACAUGUCACUCACCCCAAAACACAGCAGUGGUCGCCAGAAAGGUGACCCUUAACGUGGGGAAGUCAGUCCCUGUAUCCUGAUGACGUCGACUUCUGUCCCACCACACUCUUCCUUACGGGGUUUAGGAUUACAACCAGGUCAUCGUCAGCUAUGCACUCAGACCUCCUGAUUCGGAACGCACUAGAACGGCAGCUUCUGAUCAGAAGCUGUAGCCCCGGAAGUCCUAGAGAAAUGAUUGUCGGAUUAGAGAAGCGGUUGUUACAGUGUAAGAUCUGGAAGUGGAUUCAGGUUAGCUACAGGGGCACAAGCAGCCUUGGGACCGAAACGCCAGAGAGCGGGAAGAGAGCGAGACAGAGCGAUUGCGGAGGAGAGAAGCCCGGGGGUGUGCAGGGUGCGUGGGAGCGGCUGCUGGGCGGGUGGCCCCUGUGCAGGUGCGCAGGCCCGGCCGGCUCCUCCCCGCUCCUGGCAGCACUCGGCUUCCCUUCCACUCCGUCUGCUCGCAAGGAAAUGCGGAGCCCUCAGUAUCAGGGUGAGGAGGGGGCAGUGUAUCCAGGAAGAAAAACCUCAUUGCAAACAGCGCGUGUUGCUCUCCAAGGACACCUGCGGCUGCUUUUAAUGGGGUCAUCCAUGGACAUGUCCCUGGCACUGCAGCCCCGACUUCCCGAGUCCUCCCGGCACAGCAGGCCGCGGAGGGGGCCCGGGACCCCCACGGACCCAGAGUCGCUCUGAUGGCCGCCAACACGCACAUCCUCGCCUUCCUUGCCAGCGGCAUUCGUUUCAAAGCGCGUCCUCUGCACCGCCCGUGGCGUCCUGAGUGCUGUCUGGGAGGGAGCCUCUCUCGAAGAGGACACUGACCCACGUCCUGGCCCCUCCUCCAUCACCUUCCCAGCUGCGCCCAAUCAGUGAUCCCAUCCAGCAUGUCCAGCCUUGCGUUUCCACGGGGGAAAAGCCACCUCCGACCCACGGUCCCAGAAAGCAGCACUUUUGUCGGAUGUGGAGAAGGGGAGACGCAGACUCUUAGGAAACUUCUGGGCCCCCGAGAUGUAGAAACGCGGGCCUGCACAUUUUGAGAGCGUCUGGGGAGCACCUGCUCGGGUGCAGAACGGGGGCUUGUUCUGCCCUCGUCUCCUAGACGUGGGAAGGCGGCUCCACCCGCUCCGCCGUGGUCCUCCUGUCGCCCUGUAGGGCGUGGGCUCGGCUGAGAGCUGGCUGAGUGGUCUUCGUGGACAGUAGUUUCUUCUUAGAAACACCGUGCACUUGGAGCUCCAGUACACGGCCUCAGAAUCACAGCACUGACAGUUCUUGGAGAUGCCGGAUGUGGUCCAUGAAUGUAUGUGAAGGACUGUGUCAGCGGAUACAUUGUAUCAGUAGAUGUCAGAAAUGUUACAUUCAUGUGUAAUACAUGUUAGCAUUACAUGUGUGUGUGUGCGCGUGUGUGUAAACCCAUGCCUAGGUGCCCCCCACCCUGGGCCUCAGUCCGUGAGUAUGACCAUAAAGAACUUAGUAGUGCAGAGUCUGAUUAAAACUUACCCAUGCUGCUCGGGACCCUGAGUCUGACCAGAACUUUGCAGCCUAUUAAAAUGUUACUGGAGCGUUUGUAUCUUUCCCCAAAAAAGAAGUUGUGGCAUUUAAGACAACCUCAGAUUCCUGUUUUUGAAAAGUUAGUGGUGUGCAAAAGCCCCACUUCCAGUGCCCCUGGCAACCCUAUGGCUCCUGACUGCUGAGGGUAGGGGUGUGUAUGUGUGUGUGUGCACACGUGUGUGUGAGUGUGAAGUCUGUCGUCACUAGAACAGAAGCUCUGUGGGAGCGCGGCCUGGGUUUCACUCAUCACUGUGUCCCCAGCACCUACCACAGUGCACAGAAGGUGCUGAAAACAUACUCGUGAAAUGGAUGAAGUGUAAGGUGCAACUCAAGUGUGUGUUUCGUUUUAUUGGGUUGUAGAAGGAAACAACAGUGUUUUUAAUGUUUCUGUACAACAAAUAUGUAUCUUUUGUUCGUUAUAUUUUUAUCUUAACCCUACUGAAAACAGUCUUAUAUGUAAUAAACACUGAAGUCAAACAGUC